GCCGCGGCGGGCACGCGCGAUAUGAAAUAUUUACUAGUGCUCGUGUGUUGUGCUUUCGAUCUAGGAUACUGCAGGAUCGCUAGUGAUUUCAAUCUACACAAAACACCACAGUUUACUCUAAUAAAGCCUCAGCCAAAAAAUGAAAUCACAAUAAAUAUAAUGAUGCAUUUCGACAAAGUCCUAACAGACAAACUUGUCAAAGAAUACGGAGCGAAAACGAGAAAGAAAUUAAAAAUUAUAUCAAACGGUAUACUGAAAGAUGUAGAGAAUUUCUAUCGACAUCCGAGUUUGAAUCAAAAUAUCAAAUUCAAAUUAAAAGAUACAAGGUUUCUAAAGAAUAAUACGAAAAUAGUCAAAAUGGAUGAAAACGGUAGCUUGUAUUUGAAAAGUUACUGCGAAUGGCAGGGAAAGAGGAAACUAGUGAAUGAUUGGUACUAUUCAGUGCUACUUACUGGUCUCGACCUUUAUUAUCUAAGUAAGAAUGGUGAAGAAGUGCGAAGAAGUACAGGACGUGGUUACGUAGGAGGCGUAUGCAGUAUGAAAAACAGCUGUGCGCUGCUGGAAUGGAACUCGAAGAAUAUCGGAUAUUUACUCGCUCACGAAAUCGCUCAUAGUCUAGGUAUCAACCAUGACGGUCUACCGUACAACCAGUGCCGAGGGCAGCGUUACAUGAUGGGAGCUAAGUAUAACCCCGACAACCAUCCUCGAGUCUGGUCCCCCUGUAGCAAACAUGCACUCAAGAGAUAUUUAACGAGCGAGAAAUCCUGGUGCCUCCGCCCGGGAACUAAGAAAAUAACGAGAAACUUACGAUUGAAUUAAAUGAAA